ACUAAAGUUAACAUGUUGAACCUUAUUGAAAAGUGUUACCAACAUAUUAACCUGUUGCUGAUAUUUGGUCCUCUUGCACUUUGUAUAAACAUAGCUAUCUCUAGAUAACUGAGACAAUUUUUAUAUGCUCGUACGUUCUUGAAAUAAUUAACCCAGAGCUACAUUUAACCCACUUGUUAGACUUUAAACCGCAGUGCAGUGAAAAAAUCUGAGCUCAUUAUUGUGCUAUACACGCAACCAGACCUAUCAACACUGACUCCCCUUUUGCCUAGUUUAGAGGCACUUCCUCAUUUAAAAACAUUCCCAGGCUUCUUAAAUACAGUGUCUAUUGUUGUCUGCUGUACAAACGUUAUAGGGAUGGUGAGAGCACUGAGUGUUCCCGCUCUGGGGAUCCUAGCCUGGUUAUGCUUGUUCUCCUCAGAGCCUGUGCAGGCUGGAAAGGUGCUUGUCAUGCCAGUGGAUGGCAGCCACUGGCUGAGCAUGAAGAUCCUGGUGGAAGAGCUGUCUCAGAGGGGUCAUGAGUUGGUGGUCAUGGUUCCUGAAACCAGUGUUCAGAUUACGUCUGGCAAUUACACCACUAAGUCUUUUCGUGUGCCCUACACCCUUGCUGAUCUAAAGGCCAACUUGGACAACAUAGAGAAGAAUGCGUUUGAGAAGCCUCCGCAAUUGAUUGAUAUCGUUGCAAAUUUGAGGAACUUGAUAGAGUUCACAAAUAUGCAGGUGAAAGCCUGUGAAUGGCUGCUGUACGACGAGCCCCUGAUGAAGAGUCUAAGAGAGACGGGAUUUGAUAUUUUGCUCACCGAUCCUUUUUUGCCGUGUGGAACUAUCAUUGCCGAUUCUUUCUCGAUACCCGCCGUUUACUUCUUGCGUAUGAUUCCCUGUCGGCUUGACGAGUCAGCCGCCCAGUGUCCCUCACCUCCGUCGUUUGUUCCGCGCUUCAUGACCGGUUACUCAGAUAAGAUGACUUUCCCUCAGAGAGUACAAAAUACGCUUAUGGCAGUUUUUGAUAUGUUCCUUUGCCGUAUACUGUUUGCCGGCGCUGAUGAACUGGCCAGUAGAUAUCUGCAGAAGGACACUACAUACGGAGAGCUAUUAGGGCACGGUGCAGUCUGGCUUCUGAGGUACGACUUUACCUUUGAGUUCCCCAAACCUCAAAUGCCAAACAUGGUCCAAAUAGGGGGCAUCAACUGUGCAAAGAAGGGUCUACUGACAAAGGAGCUGGAGGAGUUUGCGAAUGGUUCUGGAGAGCAUGGCUUUGUGGUCUUCACUCUGGGCUCCAUGGUGUCACAGUUACCAGAGGCCAAAGCCAGAGAGUUCUUUGAAGCAUUUAGGCAAAUACCUCAGAGGGUGCUAUGGAGGUACACUGGACCAGUCCCUGAAAAUGCUCCAAAGAAUGUCAAACUGAUGAAAUGGCUUCCACAAAAUGAUCUCUUGGGCCAUCCUAAGGUUAAGGCUUUUAUUACACAUGGCGGAUCACAUGGAAUCUAUGAGGGAAUCUGUAAUGGGGUGCCAAUGGUGAUGCUUCCUCUGUUUGGAGACCAAGGUGAUAACGCCCAGCGCUUAGUGUCUCGAGGUGUUGCAGAAGCCCUGAGUAUCUUUGAUGUGACCUCAGAAAAACUGCUGGUUGCAUUGAGAAAGGUCAUCAAUGACAAAAGCUACAAGGAGAAAAUGACAGAGCUUUCAGCUAUUCACAGAGACCGUCCCAUUGAGCCUCUGGACCUGGCUGUGUUCUGGACUGAGUUUGUCAUGAGACACAAAGGGGCAGACCAUCUCAGAACUGCAGCCCAUGAGCUGAACUGGAUUCAGUAUCAUUCACUUGACGUCAUUGGCUUUCUUAUUCUCAUUCUAGUGACUGUUAUUUUUGUGACUGUCAAAAGCUGCAUGUUCUGUUUCAGGAAGUGCUUCAAGAAAACUCAGAAAAAGAAGAAGGAGUAGAAACAAGAAGUCAAUUUUUUUUUUUUUUUUUGUGAGGUGAUCGUAAGAAACUUCUUUAAUCUGGGUUUUUGUAACUUUAUUACCUCCAUGACCUGGAUCCAUGACUUGAAUAAAGCCUCACAAAACUUA